AACUCGCGCAAUUGCAAGUGUGAGAAAUGGCAACUACGUCACGUUUGGUCAUGUUGAGACAGACAUACGGUGCGCAGAGGAUCGGGAAGUGAAAUAAAACCGUCUGCAAGGUCAAAUUUGUUGUUGCUUUGAAGAAAGUUCCUGCUGUUCUCCAAAGUGGUGAGAGAAGAGCGAAAAGAUGUUGUGUCCACGCUCACUCAUUUUGGAUAGGUUCCUUAAGUCUGCAGUGUCCUUCACCUACAGGAAGUUUUCAAUGGGUCAAAUAUCUCAACAAGGGAAGGUUCCUGAUAUGGCUGAAGUUCGCAACAGGUUGAGAGAAAUAGUCGGUGCAUCUACCAACUGGCAAGAUCAUCAGCAAGUGCUGGCCGAGCGUGCAUCACUAAGCCAGUAUCUUGCUCAGAGUCAGGAUCAACUGCCUGCAAAAAGAAUGAAGGACAGUAUGAUAGAGGCGCAUCUUCCUCUGGGUUCCCAGCCUGCCUUGAGAGAGAAAUAUCUUAACUCUCACAACAGCGUCAGAUUUGGUCGGAUUUUGGAGGACUUGGACUUUUUAGGAGUGCUCAUCUGUUACUCUCACACAUGGAAUGAGGAGCUGCAAAGAUCUCCGCUGUCUAUUGUCACCGCCCUCGUGGACCAGAUCGACAUGAGACAAAACAUCAUCUUCCCUGACUGUGACAUCAAGUUCACAGGUCACGUGACAUGGGUUGGCAAAACCUCAAUAGAAGCUACAAUGCACAUGUCUCAGUACCAAGAUGGUGCGUACACAGAUGUAUUAGAUGCCACAUUUGUCAUGGUGGCUCGAGAUCCUGAAAAUAAACGAGCAGCUUUUGUAAACCCACUCAAACUUGAGGGUCCGGAGGAAGAGGCCAUUUUUCAUCAGGGUGAAGUUAACAAGAUGAGGCGUGUGGAGCUGAGCACAGCGUCUCUUCUGAAAGUGGCUCCUACAGCUGAGGAGAGGACUCUCGUUCACAACCUGUUCCUCAACACUCUCGACACACGACGAAUGAGUUUUCGUGGUCGUAUUCUACCGCCAAAUUCGGUGUGGAUGGAAGACGCCAAACUCAAAGGGCUAGAGAUUUGCCACCCAGAGGAAAGAAAUAUCUUCAACCGGAUAUUCGGUGGUUUUCUGAUGAGAAAGGCCUAUGAACUGGGUCGUGCCAAUGCCUGUGCAUUUGCUGGCUGCAGACCAACUGUGGUGGCUGUGGAUGAUAUCUUAUUUCGUAAGCCAGUAGAAAUUGGUUCUUUGCUCCUGCUUUCUUCUCAGGUUUGUUACACAGAAGGAAUGUACGUCCAGGUCAGGGUUCAUUCAGAAGUGCUUGAUCCUUUGACCCAGCAGCACAACACUACCAAUGUGUUUCAUUUCACAUUCCGUCUUGAAAAGGAUGUCCCAGCUGUUGUCCCACAGAGCUAUGGAGGUUAA